AUUAAUUUACGAAUCGGAGCGAAUGCCGCGUGAGCUCAUUACGCUGCAGGUGGGCCAAUGCGGCAACCAGAUCGGCCGGCAGUUCUGGCAGUUGGCCCUCGAGGAGCACGCACAGAACUGCAAGCGGGCCGAGUUCGACGAGAGCAUGAGCACCUUCUUCCGUAACGUAGACAGCCGCUUCUGGCCGCCCGUCGAUCUGCCUUUUAUCGACGGUCAAUCGCCCAUCAAAUCACUUAAGGCCCGUGCUAUUCUCGUGGACAUGGAGCAGGGGCCCGUGACCGAGACCAUAGCUGGACCUCUGGGUGAGCUUUUCGACCAGCAGCAGCUUCUCACAGAUGUGUCCGGCUCGGGUAACAAUUGGGCGCACGGCCAUUGUCUUUAUGGCCCCAAAUACAGGGAACAACUAGAAGACAAACUGCAUCGCGCUGCAGAGCUCUGCGAUUCUCUCCAGUCGUUCUUCGUCAUGCACUCAAUGGGUGGAGGCACAGGUUCCGGACUUGGUACCUUCAUCUUGGGGCUGCUGGAAGACCAAUACCCGGACGUGUACCGGUUCGCGACCGUCGUCUUCCCGUCCGAAGAUGACGACAUCGUUACAUCCCCAUACAACAGCAUGCUCGCGUUGAGAGAGCUAACGGAACACGCAGAUUGUGUGCUGCCUAUUGAGAACGAGGCGCUGAUGGAUCUGUGCGCGAAGAUCGACCGAGGAGCGUUGUCCACUGGGACUUUUUCGACGGAUGAAAAACAAUUCACGCGACUGGUGGAUGGGUCAUGUCUAACCGGUUGUGUGGACUUAAGCGAACUUGAAUAUCUCUAUAAACGUGGCAAAAGACCGUCGACAACAAGUACAAAGCAGAACAAGAGGAAGGGCGUGACUGCACGCUCUAGUGCGCAGAAGAAGACGCACGUGUUUGGGGAAAUGAACAAUACUGUUGCGCGUCUUUUGACCAAUCUGACGAGCUCGAUGCGGUUCGAAGGCUCGUUGAACGUGGAUCUGAACGAGAUAACGACCAAUUUAGUGCCGUUCCCCAAGCUUCACUUCCUUCUGUCGAGUAUGAGCCCCGUAUUUGCCACUUCCGACCCCAGACAGCAACCUCGGCGACUGAAUCAAAUGUUUACCGAAGCAUUUCAAAAGGACCAUCAAUUAAUUCGGGCUAACCCACGAGCGAGUGUGUACUUGGCGUGUGGUCUGUUGAUGCGAGGAAACGUGGAAGUAUCGGACAUCAAUUCGAAUAUCCAGCGUUUGCAUUCUGAGGUGCGUAUGAUUCACUGGAACCAGGAAGGCUUCAAGGUGGGGGUAUGCUCGGUGCCACCUGUAGGCCAGAGAUUAUCGCUGCUGUGCCUAUCGAACAACUGCUGCAUUCGAGAAACAUUUGAGCGAUUGAAUACGCGUUUCCACAAACUUUACAGCCGCAAGGCGCACGUGCAUCACUACACUGAGUUCAUGGAUGCUGGUAUGCUAAACGAAGCGCAGGAAAACGCUCGGUUUCUCAUCGGAGAGUACGCCAAGCUAGAACGCGCUUCAGAGGCUACGCAACCAACAAUAACGGCAAGCACGAGACGGUUGCAACCGCUUUUCUAG